AUGACCAAGGCAGAGCGUCGUGAAUUGCAGGAGCGACAGAAGGCAGAGAAGGCAGCUCGCGUUUCUGCAGGUUUGCCAGCUUCAGGGAAGAAAGCCGCUCAGGCUGCUGCACAGCCCAACUCUGGGUUUUCGCCCAAUCCCUCAAAGUCUUUGGCCACCUCAUUUCCCGGAGCCGAGGCGGAAAUGGCCAUUGCAGCUGCAGAAUCGACAGCUCAAACCAAGAGACGAGAAAAAUUGACAAAAGAGAUCGGGCUAUUCGCUCAUCUGGACCCUCCCAAGUUUGCCAACACUGCUUCGGCACCAAAGGAUCUUCACCCAGCAGUUGUCAAUGUUGGACUUCAAAUGGCACAGUUUAAGAUUUGCGGCGCAAAUGCCCGAUGUGUCGCCACUAUGAACGCAUUCCGCAAGGCUAUCCAAGACUAUCAGACGCCGCCAAACACGACUCUUUCCCGCCACAUGCAGACCUACCUGAAUCCUCAUAUCAGCUACCUUGUGACAUGCAGACCCAUGGCUGUCAGUAUGGGUAAUGCGAUCCGGUAUCUGAAGUACGAGAUUGGAAAGAACCUGGAGUUGCCCGACGAGGACGCUCGCUCGCUGUUCCUAGAGAAGAUCGACAACUUCAUUCGCGACAGGGUCACGAUGGCUGACCAGGUUAUUAUCAGCUUGGGCUUGCAGAAGAUUCAGGAUGGCGACGUGAUUUUGACAUAUGCCCGCUCGUCUGUGGUCCAAGGCUUGCUCUUAGCUGCCCAUGCCAAAGGAAUCAAAUUCAAGGUGAUCGUUGUUGACUCUCGACCACGGUUUGAAGGAAAGCAAUUGGUUCGCACACUGGCUUCCGCUGGAGUGCCCUGCACCUACGUUCUCUUGACGGCAAUCGGACACGUCAUGCGCGAGGUCAGCAAGGUUAUUUUGGGCGCCCAUUCAUUGCUUUCAAACGGAGCAUUGUAUUCGCGCGCAGGAACGGCUGUUGUGGCGAUGUCAGCUCAUGAGCGCAAGAUUCCAGUGAUUGUCUGCUGCGAGACCUACAAAUUCAGCGACCGAGUCCAGUUGGAUAGUUUUGUACAGAACGAAAUUGGCAAUCCGGAUGAGCUUGUCAACGAUCAGCACAACAACUACGGACACAGCAGCACGCGAUGCCACGGCAGCGUUCGUGGCAGUAGCAGCAGUACAGCUGCUUCCACUCAUGGCCCCGCGUCAGGGGUGUUAUCUGAGUGGAGGGAGUCAAGGGAUCUGAAGCUGCUGAACCUGCUGUACGAUUUGACGCCUAGCGAGUUUGUGACAGUGGUGAUCACCGAGGUUGGACUAAUCCCAUGCACGUCGGUCCCUGUCAUUCUGAGAGAGUUCUUGUAA